AUGCAUGAGCGAGUUCGUUGUAUCUGCAAAGCGGUAAAUGAUGAUGGGUGUAUUAUGGUUCAGUGUGAACAAUGCACGACAUGGCAACAUAUUUUAUGUAUGGGUUUUUUAAACGAAGAAAGUCUUCCAGAGACAUAUUUUUGUGAGAAAUGUCAGCCUGAUUUAUAUCCUCAACUUCAAAAGGAUAAUGUACAAGGAACAGUAUCUAAAAUUAAAGCAAUGGAAAGAAAGGCUAAUAAUCGGUCUAAUAAGACAUCACAAACUAAAAAAGGUCAAGAAAAUUCAAAAGAGACUUCAAAAAAAGUAUUAUCAAAAGGACAUUUGAAAAAACAAUCAAAUGAAAAAUCGAAUGAAACAACAACAAUCAUUGAGGAGGUAUCAGAAGAGCAUCAGAAAACUUUGGAUGAAUCGUUUGAGGAAGAAAAUAGUGAUUCGAAACAAAAAACACCAUCACCUUCGACAUCGGAUUCUGAUUAUAAUUCACAGGAAGAUCAGAAGGAACCUCCAGCAAAAGUUUCACGUCUUUCACAUGACCAAUCUUUUAUUAAGGCAUUACAUGGCCGAAAAACAAACACAACUUUAAAACAUUCAAAACAAAUGAAUCCACCGGUGUUAAAACAAACUUUUAGUCACGUACCUAUAGAAGCACCUGUUCAGAAGCUAGAAGAAUUAAAAGAUGUUACACGAAAACAUGUCUCUCAAUCGUUUUUGAAUAUUUUUGUGGAAGCUAUUAAAGAUUUUGUAAAGGAUGGAAGCUAUGUUUUAGGAACAAAUGAAACACCAGAAGAAGUGGGGGAACGUUUUGCACUUAUGAUCGAGUAUAGCAUGUUUAAAGACUUUUCUAUUGAAGAAAAAGGAAAAUAUAUUUUGACACCAAAAUAUAAAGAAAGAUUUCGUACACUUCAUUUUAAUCUUAAGGAUGAUAAGAAUCCACAGCUUCGUGCACGAGUAGUUUUAGGACAGAUUAUGCCAAAAGACUUAGUUCAUAUGACUAGCGAAGAAAUGGCAAAUUCAGAGAUACAGUUGUUGGCAGAAUCCAUAAGAGCACAAAGUACUAAAAACUCUGUUUUAAAACAGUCGGAGGCACCAAGAAUCCGAAAAACCCACAAAGGAGAAGAAAUUAUAGAGAAUCAAGAAAUUAGCGGAUUUUCCAUGCAACAAAAGAUUGAAACAUCUAUCCCUUUUUCCUUAAAACCGCAGAACGAACCGACAAAUGAUCUAGAUGAGUCAUCUGCAUUAUCUCAAAAACAUAAUUCUAUCCAUGAAAAAUCAAAAACUAUUUCUAAAACUCAUGAAUCUGAUAUAGAAAAAAAUAAAAUUAAAAAUGAUAAAAAAGAAGCAACAUCUAAAGAAUCAUUUAAUAUACAGGAUGUUUGGAGUAAUAUUGAAUCUCAAAGAACAACUCAUAUAUCUGAAAAUUAUCCAGUCGUUCAAUCUCAAGAAACUUCAAGGAUAGAUUUUGAUUCAGAUAUUGAUAGAAUGAUUGACGAUGAUAAUGACAAUGCAAAUACUCCACCUUAUUCUCCGUCUUAUAGUGCAUUUGAACUAAAUAUUUCUCAACCUAUCUGGUUAGGAAAACUUUCCAUGGCAUCUAUUGCUGAAUUUAAUGCUACAGCUACACAAGUAGUAGGUGCAACUAUUUCUCCAACACGGCCUUGGAAUGAGAUUCUUCAGGAUAAAAUUGUUAUUGAUGGAAGAAUAUCUAUGGAUAAAUCAACAGAAUAUCUUUGUCAACAAAAAUUUUCUUCAACAAAAGAAUUAAUUGUAAUAUCAUUUAAGCCACAAAGUAAAGAAUUAUUGUCAUCGUUUGAAAAACUGUACAAUUAUUUUUAUUCUCGAAAACGUUAUGGCGUCAUAAAACCUACAACAUCAGCAGUCAAAGAUGCUUACCUUAUACCUCUUUCUCCAACAGAUCAAUUACCAGAAUUUAUUCAACUUAUGGACGAAAUACACAUUUCAAAUGAAAAAAGAACAGAAAAAUGUAUUUUUGGUGUUUUCGUUGUUAAUAAAAUAUCCAAUACUGUACCUCCAGUCAAUAAAAUACCUUAUCAUCCUCAAAACACUAAUGAAUGGAAAAAAUUAAAUAAUACCCCACUUAUACAUCAAGGAACUGGCAUUCCAGCGCCGAUAACACCAUUGCCUACUGUUCCAAUUCUAGGGGGGCUCACUCUUCCAAAUAAUUUAUCUCUUUCUAAUGCAGAUAUGGCUAUUCUUCAGUCUAUACUAAGUGCAAAUCCGGGUAUUCUAUCCAACCCGGAGCUUAUAUCUAAUUCGAAAAUUCUACAACAGUUAGUUAUUCAGCAUCAAAAUCAACAUAGCCAGAUAAAUACAUCUCAUUCAUCAAAUCCUCGACCUAUGGCUUCAAGAUGGGACAAAAAAUGGUGA